CGUCGCGGAGAGAGGAUGAGGAGGUAUUCCCCCGCGGAGAAUUCACCCACGGUUUCCUCUCCUUCGGCCCAGCCCCCACCCGGCCGUCCACCUAAUCCCGAGUCUCGAGCGAGUAGCGACGGCCGCGCCUGCGCCUGCCUGCGUCUUCCGUGGCGGCGCCCCUACCUCUCGAACCCGUCAGGCGGUCUGGCCGACCUCGCUUCCUCGGCUAGCUACCUACUCGCCAGCGUCUAUUGUCCAGCAGGCGCCCAGCUCCCAAGCGGCCGCAGUGCCCCUGCUUCUGCCCUUGCACGUUCGGCCCCUGUGCUGCACUGCACAGUGAGCCAGACAGCGAGUAAUAUUUACUGAUUAUUGAUUAUUAUCGUUGCAUCAACGCAUCCUAUUUUGAUUGAUGAGUGCCAACUGUUACUUUCUAAAAAACGGCACCGUACGGUAUUUUUCUACCACCAUGUUGUUUAAGUAUUUUCAAUCGAUGUCAUUAUUUGUGCUCUUUAUUUUAGGAUUAUGUAUUUUGGUUUGACUGUAGUAAGAUUUCUAGCCUUAUAAUUAUAAUUUUUUGAUUUUACCCCCUUGCCUCAUUUCUGUGUCUGCCACUGCCUGCCCAUAGUAAAUCCACGGUGAGCCAUCUGCAAGUCAGCGACGAGUUGCUUCUCAAUUCCUUCUCUCGUAGUCCUGUCUUGUCCCCUCACCCAUAGUCAAAUCAUCUGGUCACGUGACCUGAUUUUGAGUGUUUGGUUUAUUGGAAAUAAGAGCAAAGCAGCACAGUAUCAAGAAUGUAGGGCAAUUUGAAUGUUCCUGCUGCACUGCUACUUUUAGAAUUGUAGUAUGCUUCAUCAUUUAUUUAUUUCUAAAAAAACUUGCAUGUAUUCUAUCGUGACUUUUAUUAAGAAAAUAAUGUAUUCACGUAUCUUCAUGUUUCUGAUAAAGGUAUUUGUAUAUGCAUCAGUGCUACACAUGUGAAUACCGGUUUUGUUUCAACUCUGAAGUCAAGUGAUUUUACUGUUUUGUUUUGUUUUGUUUUGCAACAGGUAAGGUUUGUUUUCUUCCAUUCAGUUUGUUGUACUGUGGAGAUCAAACUAGCUAAGGGCAGAGCCAAAUUUGGGGAUUCUUCAACUGAAGCCUUGUAUAGAUAUAGUUUGAAAGAUGAUGAACGAACACAGAGAGGAGGAUGCCUUGAGAGGUCAAGCAGUCAAAAACCAGAAGGCGAUAUGGGACAAGACCAUGGAAAUGAGAUUCUUGCUGCAGAAGGCGUUUUCUACUUCCAACAAGUUACCCCAGGAAUCCAUCAGAACAAGGUUUUGCAAUCAUGAUAAGCAGAUAGAGCAAGCAUAUGAUGAUCUUUUGAAUUCGACGAAACAUACUUUGAGCAGCAUGAUGGAGCUGCAGGAGGCUUUGCUUGAGAGUAAUCAGGCUACAAAGGAUGCCAAUGAAAUUCCUUCUGCCUCAAAUGGAGACAAUGACGAGUGGUCAGAAGUACAGAGAUUGCAGGCAAGGAUAACAACAUUCAGAAAUACCGAGAUAGAUAAAUGGCACAGGAAAAUACAGGUGACAACGGGUGCUGCUGCACUUAAAGGAAAGCUACAUGCAUUUAAUCAGAACAUUAGUGAUCAAGUUGCUGGUUACAUGAGAGAUCCAAGCCGGAUGAUUAACAGGAUGUACUUGACCAACUCUGCUGUUAGAGUAUUUGGAAAGGAUGUGGGAGAACCUGGAACAGCUGAGGAGGGGCACAUUAUGGAAGGUGAUCCUGAACUUAUUGAUGAUUCUGAGUUUUAUCAACAACUUCUCAAGGAGUUCCUUGAGUCAUGUGAUAGAGGGGCAUCAAAGUCGGCAUUUUACUCUCUAAAAAAGCAGCAGGUUAAAAAGAGAAAGCUUGUCGAUCGUCGUGCUUCGAAGAGCAGGAAGAUACGGUACCAUGUCCACGAGAAGAUCACUAAUUUCAUGGCACCGGAGCCCAUGGUUCUUCCUCCAAUGGCUCCGAAGUUGUUUGAGAAUUUAUUUGGGAAUAGCAGCUAGAAUCCAUAAACUGCAGUAGGUUUACAUUUCUUUCUGUUGCCUUUUCUACUUCUAUAAACUGUAGUAGGUAUGAUGUCACUAGACUUAGACUGAAUUGUAAGUUUUGAUGUCCUCAUCAGUUUUGUGCGUAGACAAGCAGAGCCUAGUUCACCAAUCAAAUUAUGCUUCGAUU